AUGGGCAGCAGCGCCCCUAGGGACACUCCCAGGAACAGGGGCGCUCCCGGGGAUUUUUGCAGGGACUUUCCCAAGGGCAGCAACGACCCCAGGGACUCUUCCCCAGAGCGACGGCGCUCCCUGGGAAUCUCCCCAAAGCGACGGCGCUCCCUGGGAACCUCCCCAGAGCUACGGCCCUCCCAGGAGUGGUGGCGCCACCAGGGGCCCUCCCAGGAACAGGGCCCUCCCAGGGGUGGCGGCGCCCCCGUGAACACUCCCAGGGACAACGGCGCCCUUAGAAACACUCCCAGGGGUGGUGGCUUACCCAGGAAUUCUCACGGGGACAGCAGAGCCCCCAGGUACCAUCGUAGGGAUUGUGGCGUUCUUAGGGGCCCACUCAGGGGCGGCAGCGCCCACAGGGACACUCCCAGAAACAGCGGCGCUCCCGAUUACUCUCCCAGGAACCCUCCCACGGGCAGCGAUUCCCCUAGGGACUGUUCCUGGAGCGACGGCGUUCCCAGAGACCCUCCUCGGAGUGAAGUUGCCCCCAGGCUCCUUUUCCGGUGUGGUGGCACUACCAGGGGCCCUCCUAGGGACAGUGAGGGUUUCUUACAGGGUAGGCAGCAUCCCCAGGGACAACGGCACUCCCAGGGAUUCCUGCAACGUCCUCCCCAAGGGCCAUGGCGGCCCCAGGGACUUCACCAGAGUAACGGCACCCCUGGGGUCCCUCCAAGGCAUGGUGGCGCCACCAGGAGCCCACCCAAGGCCGGUGAUGCCCCCAGGGACCAUCCCAAGGGCGGUGCACUCCAGGGACCCUACCAAGGGUUCCCAGGAGACCUAUGGGGCCCUCCCAGGGGCGGCGGCGCCCCCGUGAACACUCCCAGGGACAACGGCGCCCUUAGAGUCACUCCAGGGGUGGUGGCUUACCCAAGGAUUCUCACAGGGACAGCAGAGCCCCCAGGUACCAUCGUAGGGAUUGUGGCGUUCUUAGGGGCCCACUCAGGGGCGGCAGCGCCCACAGGGACACUCCCAGAAACAGCGGCGCUCCCGAUUACUCUCGCAGGAACCCUCCCACGGGCAGCGAUUCCCCUAGGGACUGUUCCUGGAGCGACGGCGUUCCCAGAGACCCUCCUCGGAGUGAAGUUGCCCCCAUGUGCCUUUUCCGGUGUGGUGGCACUACCAGGGGCCCUCCUAGGGACAGUGAGGGUUUCUUACAGGGUAGGCAGCAUCCCCAGGGACACUCACAGGGACAGCGGCGCUCCCAGGGAUUCUUGCAAGGUCCUCCCCAAGGGCCAUGGCGGACCCAGGGACUUCACCAGAGUAACGGCACCCCUGGGGUCCCUCCAAGGCAUGGUGGCGCUACCAGGAGCCCACCCAAGGCCGGUGAUGCCCCCAGGGACCAUCCCAAGGGCGGUGCACUCCAGGGACCCUACCAAGGGUUCCCAGGAGACCUAUGGUCUGACAUUCCCAGAGGACCACUUACGAGGGAAGGGGGGGGGGGAGGGGUGCCCACAGGGUUUCCUACAGGGCCAGCAUCGUCCCCAGGGACACUCCCAGGGACAACAGCGCUCCCAGGGACAACGGCGCUCCCAGGGUCCUACCGAAAGGCAGUGGCGGUCCCUGGAACUUCACCGAAGAAAUGGCACUCCGAGGGGACCUCCAAGGCGUGGUGGCGCCACCAGGAGCCCUCCCAAGGCCAGUGAUGCCCCCAGGGACCAUCCCAAGGGCGGUGCAAUCCAGGGACCCUAUCAAGGGUUCCCGGGAGAAUGCGACGAUACUGAAAAUGUGAUGGGCGGUGGUGUAUUACUUAACGUUGCAUCUCCCAGAGAUCUAAACACCGUAAAACCUACUGCACCCAAGGCCCUUUCAGGUCUGGCGUUCCCAGAGGCCUUCCGAGGGGCGAGGUCAUGCACAAAGCUUCUUACAGGGCCGGCAGCGCCCCUAGGGACACUUCCUGGGUCAACAGUGCACCCAAGGACCCUCCCAAGGGCAGGACCGCCCACAGGGACCCUCCCUAGAGUGACGGCACAGCCAGGGUCCUCCAAGGCGUGGUGGCGCCACUAG